AUGACUUGGGACCCGGUUUCACGGACCAUGGAAAGCGCGUUCAACGGCGCCGCCGUCACCACCCCGGCCAAGUCUUCCUCCGCCAUGAAGAUGUCGUUCGAGUCGGAGAUCGGCGCGCAGCCCCCCCUCGGAUUCUGGGACCCGCUCGGCCUCCUGGCCGACGCGGACCAGGAGCGGUUCGAGCGCCUCCGGUACGUGGAGGUGAAGCACGGGCGCAUCGCUAUGCUCGCCAUCGCCGGUCACCUGACCCAGCAGAACGUCCGCCUCCCCGGCAUGCUGUCGAACUCGGCNUGCGUCCUCUGUGAGGGGGCAUUAGUUGCCUCUUGAUGAGGUCGUGUCUGUUUUGUCCUGACCUGCUCGAACGUCUGCUGGGUGGUUUCGAGGGCAGACGCUGUUGCCUUGUGUGUGAAUAUUGUUAAGCAGGGUUUCACCGUCUAGCAGCUAAUUGAGCCGACUUGUAGAGCCAAUUUUAGAGAUAGAAUGCAGCCCAAUUUUUUUUCGCCUCUUGAUUGCCGGUCCCAGACACUACUUUGCGGGAAGGGGAGAGGUUUUUGCAUUGUUUUGGGCGUGAAGCUUUUCUUGCCAAGAGCA